AUGCACCCAUUUCAGAAUGCCGACAACUGGUACUUAUCCAUCCUGCCGUAUCAGCACAUUUACUGGACAAUAAUGCUACCUUUGCUGCGUCUCAGUUGGCUGCUGCAGUCGAUUGUGUUCGUACAGGCAAUGCCCAACCACUACUAUAAAUAUUACAGAGAACGAGCUAUUUAUGAACAGAUCGCCCUCGCUCUACAUUGGUUACUAGUGUUAAUGCAGUUGUAUCUCCUUCCCACAAUGCAAGACAGAUUAAUGUUCUUUGCUGUAUCUCAACUGAUGGGAGGAAUCCUGCUGGCGCAUGUUGUAACUUACAAUCACUAUUCCGUUGAGAAAUUCCCGUGUGAGUGA